AUCUUUCCUACGGUUUUUUUUUUCACGAAUCGGAUUCUGUCUUACCCGAAAACCCUAGUCUCGUGUUCUGUCUUCUCCAGCCUCGUCGUCUCCGAAAUCGACGGAAUCCUGAUCUCUUUUGUCCGCAAUUGCGUAGUGAUGGGAUCCAACGGGCCAGAUUCGUCGAUUGAAAGCACCAGCGGAAGCGCCGUUGAGAAGUUUCUAUGCGAGCGAUUGCUGGACCAGUCGCAGCCGAUCUCGGAGAGGUUUAGAGCCCUCUUCUCUCUUCGCAACUUGAAGGGCCCUGGGCCUAGAAAAGCUCUUAUCCAAGCGACAAGGGAUUCGUCUAAUUUGCUAGCACACGAAGCUGCAUUCGCGUUGGGACAGAUGCAGGAUGCCGAAGCUAUUCCUGCCCUGGUGUCAGUCCUUAACGAUAUGUCUUUGCAUCCGAUUGUCCGGCAUGAGGCGGCAGAGGCUCUCGGUGCCAUCGGUUUGGUGGGUAAUAUCGACAUUUUAAAGAAAAGCUUGGUCUUAGAUCCAGCUCAGGAGGUUCGGGAAACAUGUGAACUGGCUCUCAAGAGGAUCGAGGAGGUGGGAACUACCGACAGUGAGAAUCAGUCAUCCGUGACAGAGAAUUCGCCCUUUAUGUCUGUUGACCCUGCCGCUCCUGCAUCUUCUUUCUCCUCCAUCCAGCAACUGAGGGAAGUGCUUCUAGAUGAAACAACAGGCAUGUACGAGAGAUAUGCAGCACUUUUCGCACUCAGAAAUCACGGGGGAGAAGACUCUGUUUCAGCCAUAGUUGAUUCCUUGGGUUCAAAUAGUGCCCUUCUGAAGCACGAGGUUGCUUAUGUUUUGGGCCAAUUGCAAAACAAAGCUGCUUCAGCUGCUCUGAGCAAAAUACUUAGGGAUGGGAAUGAGCACCCUAUGGUCAGACACGAAGCUGCAGAAGCUCUUGGCUCUAUAGCAGAUGAGCAGAGUGUUGCUCUGCUAGAGGAGUUUGCUCGGGACUCCGAGCCAAUUGUUUCACAGAGCUGUGAAGUUGCUCUGAGCAUGUUGGAAUUCGAAAGAUCCGGAAAAUCCUUCGAGUACCUUUUCAUGCAAGAUCCGCUUGUGCACUAAGGAGAAGCUAGGGAUCAUUCCAUUGUUCUGCCCAAUUCAUUCACCAAACUAAAGAGCCUUAUACAAGCAGAAGCAGCGAUAACACGGAAUGGCAACCGUUGAGGGCUCUUCGAUUUUUUUUUGGUUAAGGCAAAAACUGGUUAAAGCCCGUUUCGGUUUGGUUUUUAUAAAAAGGACCCUUUUGUUUUUUUAUAACAUAUAUGGUUACAUUACAUACAUAUGUGUUUGAAGAAAGAGCCACUUUUUAGUUUGUAUGCCGUCGUCGUUUGCAUGGAUGCCAUGUUUCUU